AUGUCCGACUUCGUAAAGGCAUGCAGCGAGAUCUGCAGAGAAAUAAUCAGGCUGCACAAGGAAGAAAAAGAAAUAAAUACCGCAAAAAUACGAACACAGGUGUGCAAGAAGUACAAGCUCAGAUGCAUCCCGCGUCUUGUCGACAUCAUCUCGUUCAUUCCGCCUGAGUGUAGCGAUUUGAUCAGCAAGCUGAAGGUAAAGCCUGUUAGGACCGCAUCAGGUGUUGCUGUUGUUGCUGUGAUGUGCAAGCCACACAGAUGCCCUCACAUUGCAUUGACCGGAAACAUAUGCAUCUACUGCCCUGGGGGCCCAGACUCAGAGUUUGAGUACUCCUCGCAGUCAUACACUGGGUACGAGCCAACAAGUAUGAGGGCAAUACGAAGCAGGUACGAUCCGUUUGAACAGGCAAGAGAACGACUCAAGCAGCUGAAAGCGCUUGGGCACAGCAUCGACAAGGUCGAGUACAUCAUCAUGGGCGGCACGUUUAUGUCGCUGUCAGAGUCAUACAGAGGCAACUUCAUCUCGAAACUCCACGAUGCUUUGAGCGGGCACAAGUCAUCCACUGUUGAGGAGGCAGUAAAGAUUGGUGCAGAGGCACGCCUGAAGUGUGUGGGGAUCACAAUAGAAACCAGGCCAGACUUCUGUGCAGAAUCGCACCUGAGCAAGAUGCUGGAGUACGGAUGCACAAGAGUAGAGAUCGGAGUCCAAAGCGUAUACGAGGAUGUUUCCAGAGACACAAAUCGUGGACACACCGUCAAGAGUGUCUGCGAGUCGUUCUCGCUGACGAAGGAUGCUGGAUUCAAGAUUGUUGCACACAUGAUGCCGAAUCUUCCGAAUGUCCCUGUCAAGAGAGACCUUGCCCAGUUCAGGGAGUACUUUGACAAUCCAAGAUUCCGGAGCGAUGGGCUGAAGAUAUAUCCCACGCUUGUUAUCAAAGGAACAGGGCUGUUUGAGCUAUGGAAAAACAACAAAUACAGAAACUAUUCUCCAGACGAACUGAUCGACUUUCUGGCAAAGAUUAUGUCUUUUGUGCCUCCAUGGAUGAGGAUAUACAGAAUCCAAAGGGACAUUCCAAUGACUCUUGUGAGCUCUGGCGUGGAGCACGGAAACAUCAGGGAGCUUGCAUUGGCAAGAAUGAAAGACCACAAAACAAAGUGUAGGGAUGUGCGAACUAGGGAGGUUGGGAUCAAGAGCAUUCACGAAAACAUACUUCCUGAUGAGGUUGAGCUUGUCAGAAGAGAUUACUUUGCAAAUGAUGGCUGGGAGACCUUUCUAAGCUAUGAGGAUGUAAAGCAAGACAUCCUGAUAGGCCUGUUAAGAUUGCGCAAGUGUAGUGCCAAGACAUUCAGGCCUGAGCUUAAGGGAGGGCCGAAUCACUGUAUUGAAGACAAUACAUGCCAUGAAUUCGUAGAAAACACAAAUGCAUCAAUGAUAAGAGAGCUUCAUGUUUAUGGAAGUGCAGUUGCUGUCAGUAAGACAGAUGCAGAUAAGUUCCAGCAUCAAGGAUAUGGCUCCUUACUUAUUGAGGAAGCAGAGAAAAUCGCAAGAAACGAGCACAAAUCCACAAAAAUAGCAGUAAUAUCAGGCGUGGGAACAAGAAAAUAUUAUGCAAAGUUUGGAUACACACUAGAAGGCCCAUACAUGGUUAAGGCUUUUCCUCCCAUCCCUAAAAAUAAAUCCUAA